CUGAUAGCUAACUGCCCCACACUACGCGUGCGGAAAGGCCCAAAGGAGAAGCAAGAAACCUCACUCGACCUCCGGGCAGACUUUCUUCACGCCCAGCGCCAGCUCAGCCCGCCUGUGGGUUCGAUAGUGUAGUCAUGGCACAGCGAGCCCCUUUGUGGGCCUGCUGCUGUAUUCUUUUCGCUGCAAGUUUCCUGGUGGACAUCGCCAGCGCGGCCAGGCCGACCCUCAAGGCUAUGCGCGAUGAGGCAAAGGGGUUUGACUACUUUAUGUUUGUGAGGCAAUGGCCUGGCAGCUACUGUGGCACUCAUGCCUGCCCUCGGCUGGAGGAUGCCGGCCCCUUCCACUUCACCAUCCACGGCCUGUGGCCCAACUACAACGACGGCACGUGGCCGCAGUUCUGUGACACCUCGUACAAGUUCGAUGAGGACGAGGUGUCGGACCUGGAGGAGGCGCUGGAUCUGGAAUGGCCCAGCUUUAUGGGGGAGAACGCGGAUUUCUGGGACCACGAGUGGUCCAAGCACGGCACCUGCGCGCUGGACCUGUUCCCGCGCGAGCACCGUUUUUUCAAGACCGUGCUGAAGCUUCACUGGAAGUACGACAUCGCGGCCGCUCUGCGCGCCGCCAACAUCCUGCCCAGCAAGUCCAACACCUACAAGGUGUCGGAGCUGGCGGACGCGGUGGAGGACAUGUACGGGGCCCGGCCGGUCAUCCACUGCUACAACAAGCAGCUGAGCGAGGUGUGGAUGUGUGUGGACAAGGACCUCAAGCCCUUCACCUGCGACUCGCACCAGAAGGACACCUGCACCGAGGUCUCCAUCCCGCCGCUGCCCAAGAGGAACAAGACCACCGCCUCUGCCGCCGCCGCCUCCGGACGCAAGGCCGCCCGCGCCGCGCUGGUCAAGGCCGCGCUCCUGGCUGAGGACGCCGCCGCGGGAGGACAAGACGACUUCGAUGCCCUGAACCGCCAGCUAGCAGCUACGCGCGCCGCCGCCGCCGCCGCCGUGUCUGACGGAGUGGUGGAGCUGGCGGCCCGUUCUCAGGAGGCGGAGCCGGAGCGCGUGCAGACGCCCGACCAGCUGGCGGAGCAGCGCGAGCUGGACAGCCUGUUUGGCUCGUUGACGGCGUCGCGCCAGGCCGCCGCCGACAUGCUGCUGCCGCUGCUCAGCGCCGGCGGCACCAGCGAGGCGGGCAGCGGCAGCGACGUCGCUGUCAACACGCAGGAGCCGGAGCUGCUGGUCGAUCCCGUCGUGGCGGCGCCCGGUGACGUCGUGGCGUUGGGUGCUGAGGCCCUGGCCGAGGCUGAGGCGGAGGUGGAGGCCGAUGGUGGUGAUGCGGCCGAUGACUCGGUGUUUGCCUUCCUGGCCGGCGCCCACAAACUGCUGCGCGGUGCCGUGGCCGCCGCCGCCGAGUCGCUGGCGGCGGGUGCGGCGGCGUCGGAGCAGCAGCAGCAGCGCCUGGCGGCGGUGCAGCAGCUGGCGGCGGCGGUGGCGGCCGCGGGCGCUGAGGAGCGCGUGUCCAACGCGGGGGAGUCGUAUGCCACCACCGGCGCUGCGGGUGCCGCUGUCCAGGCGGAGGCGGAGGCGGCGCAGGAGGUGAGCGCGGAGGCGCAGGCGGCUGCGGAGGCGGAGGCGGCUGAGCUGGACGUGGUGUCGGGCGGCGAGGAGGAGGAGGACGAGUACCUGGCCGGAAACAUGUACGUGGACUGGCUGCCCAUGGCCGCCACCACGCACGCCGCCGCCGCCGCCAGCUCGUCGGCGGAGGCGGUGGUCUCUGCCACCCUCUCAGCCGCGGCCUCCAUCGUGUCCGCCCUGGCCAACCAGGAGGUUGAGCUCGCCACCGGUGCCGCCGCGGCGGGUGCGAGUGCAGGUGCGGGUGCCGAGGUUGCUGUCGGCGAGGGGAACCAGUGGGACGCCUGGCAGCGGGAGCAGGAGGCGCACGCGACGGAGCUGGUGCAGCUGGCGGCGGCGCGGCAGGCCGUGGUGGCGGCUCAGCACGCGCAGCAGCUGCAGGCGGACGUGCUGAGCGGCGUGCUGGGCGCGCUGGCGUCGCGCGUCGGCUCACUGAUGCAGCAUCUGCAGCAGGUCACGGCCGCAUCGGAGGGCGCCGCUGCCGUAGCCGCUGCCGACGACGAGUAUGAGGCCGAGGGCACGUUCGCAAAGGACUCUAGUAUGCAGGCGCCGCGUGAGAUUGACGGGUUGGGCCUGGGCGGCUUCGUGUGGACGUCUAGGCUGCGCGCGGAGGCGCACGCCGCGGCGGCGGCUGCCGCGGCCGCGAUGCAGGAGGCCGAGGCCGAGGCGGCGGCUGCCGCCAACGGCGCGGCUGCGGCGGCGCAGCAGCAGCAGCGGUCCGCUGCGAACGCUGCGGCUGUGCACGGGCACAGCGCUGGCGGCGCCGCCAACCGCGUGUCGGUGGCGGCUGACGGCGACGGUCACCUGACCUGGGUGGUGCAGCACGUGGUGGUGCUGCGCGGCGGCGCGGAGGCGGGCGGCGAGGGCGCCGGUCGCAGCGGCAGUGCACUGGACUGGGUGGCGAUGGGGCAGAUGCUGUGUGCCACCGUGCUGGCCGUGUCGCUGGCGCUGCUGGCGCUCCUGGCGCUGGCGCGCGCCGUGCAGACGGAGCAGGACGAGCCCGCGGCGGUGCAGCGGGAGCGGCAGCAGGCGGCGGCGGCGGGUGGGUGCCCCGUGUCUUGGCUGCUCCGGGGCCGGCGGCAGCGGGCGGCGGCGGCGGGUGCUGGCAGCGAGCUGGCGGCGCCUCUGCUGCUGGCGGAGGAGGCGGGGAAGGCUGUGGCGGCGGCGUCUGAGGAGGAGGAGCGGGUGCGGGGCUGCGGCGAGACCCUGCUGCGUGCCGGCAUCAUUGUGGUGAUGCCCGUGGAGGGUAGCAGCGGGCAGCAGCAGCAGCAGCCUCACCCGUACGCUGCCACGCACUAACGCGCAGCGCGGAGCGCCUGGAGGUUGCGCAAGGAGGGAGUUGCCUGGCGUUACUAGAAUGUGCACAUCUGCAUAGAGUUUCCAGUAUGUUGCGGCCAAGUAGUAGGAAAUUGUUUGGAAGAGCCGCAACAGUCAAAGUCACUUUCUCACGACAGAACGCGCCCGGCAAGCUCUUAUCUGCUGGGGCCGGGUAUCACAAGUGUGAGCGGAGCUCGUACUCAUCAUGCCACAAACAUUUGCUUGUACUACUAUAGCUUUGAAACCGUAGUUCGUUUGCUGGGGAGUUUGCGCCAGGCGGGCACAACCAGCCGCGUCGCCUUGGAAAUGCCAAGGCCAACAGGUCAAAACAUUUGUCAGAGGCUAUAUCGUAGUUGUAGCUGUUUUAAGACUGAGUGAGUGAGUAUUGCAGGCGGUCCCUUCGCGGUUUCACGGGUCACUCCCCUGACCAUAAACUACACCUGGGGGAAAAGCUAGCCUUAUGUCAUUGUGAAACGUAAAGACUGGUUGAAGGAGGGCGUGGCGUGCCUUGCAUGGCCGCCUAAGUAUGGACUGACAAAGCUGACAAGACCCCAGGCGUAAGCUUGGAUAGCUUACAUGGCUAGCAUGGUAGCCUGGCAAGAUAGGGAGAUCCCCGGAUUGAGAAAUCUGGAAAGUUGUGGGCGGAGAUGCAGGGAGGCGUGCGGACAAGGCAGUGGGUUGCUACGUACGCGCGGUGUCGGCGCAGUGACACGGGGUUGGCAGACACGAUGCCCUCGCCCGUAAGCGCAACGCCAUGUGCACAUGCAGAUGCAUUGUGAGUUUCUUUGUCGUUGGAAAUUAAUGGCCCACGUUGACAGCAGGAUUGAUAUAGCUUCGGGGCAUUCAUGUGGCGCUGACGGAGGAGUGCUGCAACAGGCAGCAACGCCCGGCGAUGGGCCUGGUUGCGGUUGCCCCUGUUCCCGCUCCUUGCCUGCGGCGGUGUGGCGCUGGCCGGCGGACGUGUGGGGCGGCAGGAGGCCGUGUGGCCACCAGGCCACGACGGGACGCUGCGGCCGCACCCAACCGACGCAGGUGGUGUAUUAUCGGGACACAUGACUGUGACUAGUGACGGGCUGACGGCUGGCGUGGGCACGUGUGUGGGCGGACAGAGGUCGCUUCUCGCUCCGGCCGUGUUUUUCCCCCCUUUAAGAGACACUGAAAAGCGUUACCUCUGUAACUCAUCCGGAAUAAC